AUGAUCAGCGCUCCUUCUUCGCAGGCUGUGCUUGCCCGCACAGCCUUUCGAGGCGUAGCCGCCGCUUCGAGGGUUGCUGCUGCUACAGCUAGACCCGUCGCUCGAACCGCCACGAUCGCUUCCAACAGCGCCAUUGCUUCUCAACAGUCCAGCAGGAGUUUUGGUGUCUCCGCCGCCAACCGCCAGGCCGUCGAGGCUUCCGUCCCUACGCCUUCUUCUGCUGAUGUUGACGCCUCUGCCGACAUCGACUUUGACGCCGACUUUGAUGCCGCCAAACUCGGGGAGUUGGUCACCCUUCCUACCUCGGGCAGGAAAACCCGUGGCAAGCCCACCACCGACGCUGACAAGGCCAAGCUGCUGCUCAAGUGGGGCUGGUUCGAGCCAAAUGCACCUGAAAUCCGAGAACUGCUCAAAACCUUCCGCACAGGUUCCUUAUUCCCGGACUGGCUUCGACGCAGCUACGAAGACGCCAAGAGCUUCCGAUCGGCUCGUGCGCGUCUGUGGGUGCCCACCGAGCAGGAAAUCCGCACACUCGCCGGCUCGGAUGCCACCAUCAACGACCCGCAACAAUGGAUCGAGGAGCAGAUCGAGGCGUAUCGCAGCGAGCUCGAAGCGGCUGAUGCCAAAGUCAGUGGCUCUAGGAAGAACAGUCCCGAUUACAUCUCGCAGGGUGAGCUGUGGGAUAUGAUGGACUACGAACAGCAGGUCGAUUUCGCUUUGCGUUCGUUGUGGAAGAGCAUGUCGGACGAGCAGCGAGCAGAGGCCUUGCUCCGUACGAGGUUCGACAGCAUUCGCAAGCUCGGUUGGAGGCAGGGCUACUCGUCGGGUUACCCGCGACCGGAGGGGGAGAGUUCGCAUCUGCCCGCCAAGCUCGGUGUCAAGGGCGAUGAGGGUUGGGCUGCUUUCCGCGAACUGCAACAGGCUGAGGAGAAGGAAGCGUGGGCGGCUUGGCAGCAGCUGUCGCCCGAAGAACGUGUAGUCGAAGAGAAGGCCGCUUGGAAGCUGCGUGACCGUUCGCAAGUGUACCUGGACGACUCUGAGGACUCGCUGAUCCUGGGCUCGCCCUCUCCGCGUUGGUAUCCCGUUCCCGAACGUGCUGGCGAACUCACUUUCCUGCCCAACACCAUCAUCAAGCUCGUCAAGAACCACACGCCAGAGGGCCAGGAGUACGACUCGUUCAAGGCUACCUUCCGCGUCCCGCUCUCGAUGCACAAGCACGCGCUUCGAUCCUAUCUGCUGUCGAUCUACGGUCUCAAGACCACCUGGGCCCGCUCUUCGAUCUACCGCUCGCCCGUCACGCGCGACAACCGCACGGGCAAAAAGAUCUCCGGUCGCGGCCGAACGUACAAAAAGGUUGAAGUGGGGCUGCUGGAGCCUUUCCUGUUCCCUGAAGUGUCACCCGAGUUCCAGAAGCAGCACCUUCUCACUUCGGAACUCGACUAUGAACGCAGCCGUGUCUACCUUAAGAUGACCAAGACGACGCGAUGGAGGGGCAAGAAGACGACCGAGCAGUACGAGCAGGAAAUUGCCAACCGCGACCGGGCGAGCUACCACCAGCUGGAUGCGCUCGCUUCCGAGGGGGUGGUAGGCGAUGCAAAGAAGGAUGGCGAGAGGUUCCCCAGAUUUAUGGUAAAGACGAAGGGCCUGCCGUCGGCGAAACAGGGCAAGAUCCUCGAGAUGCUCAGUCAAGAGAGGAAGGAGAAGGAGGCGAGGGUCAAUGCGCUCAUCGAACAGUUCAAGCGUGAUGCCGCGGGUGAGGGGGCUUCAGAGGCUAAGCAGUAG